AUGCCCAGAAAAGCGACAAACUUGUACUCCACGGCCAGGGGUCGUGUUCGUGCAUCUAUGAACAAGUAUAACUUGUUCAACUUGUACAAAAAACCCCAAAUCAGAUAUCAGGGCAAGUCUCUUUUCCAGCAAAAGUGGACUGCAAAACAGGAAACCCGAGCCUAUCAUGGAGAACAUUUAACAGAGCGCAGAUGGAAAACUUUAUUUAAUCCUAGCUUGGAAUCUGUUGCCCAGUUAGAUGCUUCCUUGAAGGGUGUGGAUGUGGCACCAACGCCUAUGCCUUUGCAAACUUUUGCCGCAUUGGAGAAAAGGCUUGAGUUUGCCUUGUUUCGUUCCAUGUUUGCAUCUUCUGUUAGACAAGCCCGUGAAUUCAUCAAGAAUGGCCAUGUCAAGGUUAAUGGUGUGACUAUAAAACAUCCAGCUUUUCCCUUGAAGUCAGGCGAUAUUUUCAGCGUUAACCCAGAAAAGGUAAUGCUUGCCAUGGGUAGAGUUAAGCCAAGUGUUGCAGAAGCUAUAAAGGUGGACAAGAAGCAGAUUGGAGUUUGGAAUAAAUACGUCAGUGCAGCAAAACAGAAUCCCAAGGACGUAUGGGAUUUGCAACAAAAUAAGCCGCAAUCCUUAAACACCUUGAACGAAAAUGUUCAAUUGAGUCGUCUCGAGUCCGUCAAGAAGUUCAACAAAGACGUGGAGCGUAAAAUGCUUGCGGAGCAAAAGCAAACUACUCGCGAGAACCUCUUGUCGAAGAUCUUGUCCGCCAUCGAAGGAAAGGAUGUGGAUAUCCUUGAACCUUCUGCUUUCAGUAAAAUCGUUGGAGGAAAGGACUCCGCCAAAUGUCUUGAAAUUGCCAAAAUUUUGUCUCGGGCUGAAAGUCCUUUAAUUGCGGCUCAUUCUCCAGAGAAAUGCAAGGAGUAUAUUUCAACCAAAAGUACCGAGUUUGACUCUAAAGAAGCAGCUAAAACUGCAGCCAGUGUCAAGAAGAUUUUGUCUGAACUAGUAUCUCUGCAGUUGGAGUAUCUUCGUGUCAAGGGUGAGCAACUGAUGUUACCUGAGGACACGAAGACCAUUCCAUUCUCCACAUCUUUUGGCAAGAACUUGAAGCCUCAUCCUCCUUUGGACAAGGAUUCUGUACUCGAGGACGAAAAACUGGCAAAAGUCCACCUUCCGUGGCAAAAGGGAUUGUUUGGACGCCAGGAUCCUUCCAAGCCUUAUUUCACCCCAUGGACCCCUAGACCUUUUAUCGGAGCAUUUGCGAUUAUGCCCCACCACAUCGAGGUGUCGUUUGAGACGUGCCACGCUGUCUACUUAAAUGACCCUGUCGCCAGACCAGGCCAUUCGGAGGUAAUCUCUCCUUUCCCAGACCACGUGCAUGAGAGAGCAUACAUGUACUAUGUGAGAAAAGGAUUGUAA